CCAAGUCCACAACAGACACACAAUGGAUAGACGGACAGGAUUGAUACAUUAUUACCACUGCUUGGUCGGCCUUUUGAUACUGUAGCUCGUAGGCAAUUGAUAACAUGGUUUUUAGUGACUGUAAAAUCAUCUUGCAAUUGCUGUGUGUCUUCAGUGGCCAAUGUUGCUAUCGUCGUUAGUUAGCUUUGCUAACAGCAGUGAUAUUGUUUAGCCGAAAUCUCUAGCUGGCUAGCCUACCCCCACGUUAGCGAGCAGUAACACCUGCGGGAAAACUGUUUUUAUACUCCGAGAUAGCCGCCUUUCAAAGAAUAUGGAAACCACUUUUGAUGUAAACCAUCUUUUCCCUGAAACGAUUACAGUUUUGGACCAAAACCUAAUUGCAAGUGGAAAAUCGCUGGGAAGGUCAGAUCCCCAACCCCAAAUUGCAGCGGUCAUUGAUGAACUUGGAAGAGCCUCAGCCAAGGCCCAAUACUUGACAGCCCCAAUCACAAGUGCAUCCAAGCUGCAGACCAACAAGCACCAUCUCUACCUGCUUAAGGACGGAGAAAGCAAUGGAGGAAGGGGACUUGCGGUGGGGUUUCUGAAGGUUGGCUAUAAGAAGUUAUUUCUGCUUGACCAGCAGGGGGCGCAUGUCGAGACAGAGCCUCUGUGUGUCUUGGAUUUCUUUGUGAAAGAGAACCUUCAGAGGCACGGUUACGGACUGGAGCUGUUUAGCUUCAUGCUGCAGCACAAAAAGGUAGAGCCAGUGAUGAUGGCUUACGACAGGCCCUCCCCUAAGUUCCUCUCUUUCCUGGAGAAGCAUUACUGUCUGAAAAACAGUGUACCUCAGGUCAAUAACUUUGUGGUGUUUGACGGUUUCUUCGCCAAAAAAUCAGGCUCGACUCCCUCUCCUCCGACGGAUCAGGGAAUGUAUGGCUUUUUCGGCCCAGUUGAGAAAGGUUCCCCCCAAAAAGCCGGACGGAGAGAUCAAGCCCUACUCACUAACGGAGAGAGAAGCUGUGCGAGAGGAGCAGAGGGCUCUUCCCUGGCCUUUGUGUCGCCACGCGGCUCCUCCCCUCUCUCCCCCAUUGUCGGUAUCCUCCCCGUGCUCCCCAAGCAGGGGCCGCCAGCGUCCCGAUCCGGCCCUGGCCCCGGCACCUGCCCCUGGGGCCAACAGGGGCCCGAACCCCCACCCUCCACUCAUCAACAGCCUCAACUGCAGGGCAAAGCGCACCAGUUCCCUUAACCGAUCGCAGCUCAGCUUCCAUUGACCACCUCGUGACUCUCCCCACCACAGUUUGCUCCUUUUUUUAAAGGAAGGACUGUUGUUUUUAGCCUGUUAGCUAGCCUAUGUCUGCAUCCCAAUUCUCCACCCUUCUCUUGAAGUGUGUACUUGCACACUUCCCGUCAUUGAUUUAACAAUGGUGGAAAUUUCCCCCUCCCCCGAUGUUUACACCAUUGUUAAAUCAAUGACGGGAAGUGUGCACGAUCAGGAUGCAACCUACCGAUCUGUCUGUCAUGGCCAGGGAGUUUAGUAUUAUUUCAAUGAUUCAUUUACUACGAAACAGAAGGGAUAGGACUCCCUGUCUGUUAGAAGUCGUUCAACCUUUCCUAGUUGCGUUGGUCGUCCCGUUGAGGGACUUAUGAUGCUGCCUGUACCUUUUUGCCUGACGUUUUCUAGAAGAAGUUAUUAAAACUUAUCUCCCAACAAAAUGAGAAAAGUGAGAUUUCUUUCUGUUCAACCUGGUCCGCCAUUUUGGAGCUUGUAUUUCACUAAUAGUUUGACCUUUAACCUAAAAUACUCUCAAUAAAAAAUAUACUAGGCUACUAAAAUAACACGAAGGCUUUUGUAGUCAUAUUCAUUGUACAGCAGUUAACGUGUUUAUUUAUUAAUUACAAUUUUUCUCACAAUAGUCUUUUUUUUAUUUUUAUAAAACUUGACUUGUCACAUUGUCAUGGAAACAUGUGGCCAAUAAGAAACAUUACCUAGAAUUUGAUAUUGACCAGUUUUUUCUAUCAGGCACAACGUGUUCCCCUAACUCCUCCCCCAUGACUCUAAGCAUCUAUUCUGACAUCACAUGGUUAUUGACCUUUUUGUUAUUGUAUGUAUGAGUUGUCAAGCAUUCACUUAUACCUUUGUUUUUGCUAAUUAUGUUUUCAUUUUGUGUUUUUCUUAUGUUGAAUUCUGUUGCCUUUUUUCCAUUCAAACACAAUUCCUUCUCUUUUUAUCUUUUUCCUUGGUCCUGUACUACCCUGUCUCGCUCCCUACCUCAUUGCUCCCACAUCCUUCUCUGUGCCCUGUUCUCUCCUGUACCCUUGGUCUUUUCUUUUUUUUUUUACAUUCCCUUGCUCUUCCCUGCUCCCAUCGCCGUGGUAGCCAACAGGGCCUGGUUGCCAGGGGCAACCUCUACAGCCGCCACGUCAACACCCGGGGCUUUGGGCAGUUGUUGGAGACACAGCCGAACAUCUU